UCGCAAUUCGCAACUCGCAACUCUGCCGUCAAAUUCGAGAUACUGGAUACUGGAUACUGGAAUCCUACCAGGUUCAUAUAAUAGACGACCGAAUAACAUAACAUUCUCGUGCGCUCCAUGUGAGCAGGCAGCCGACGACAAGAUGCUGUACGAGCUAAUUGGAAUCGUCCGACCCGGCAACCUCGCCGAGGUAAAAGAAAUCGUCCUAACAGCCGGCCAACUAAUCCUCCAACAAAAAGGCGUAAUCCGCGGCAUCGCCAACUGGGGCGUCUUCCUGCUGCCCAAGGCCACCAGCGUGCACCAGAUGCGCCACCACUCGGGCCACUACUUCGCCAUGCGCUUCGACGCCAGCGUCGGCACCCAGCAGGCCGUGCGCAACAUGUUGGCCCUCGACCCCCGCAUGAUCCGCCACGCCUCCGUCAAGCUCGGCGACGGGAAACUAACUACCAUGAGCCGAUUCGGCGGGCCCGAGUGGUCGAGCUAGGUUUAUGAGCUAAGGGAUAUGAGAUGAGAAGAGAUGAGACGAGGCUUAGGUCUCGUCUCGGAGUCUGGUUACGAGUUUGGCUGCAGGGUACGGGAGUGAGUGGUGCUGUAUAUGUAUAGUACACCUGCUCGCUUUACCUGGCCUUCUGUCUUCCUGCAUUUGGAGGAGGAUCGAUACGUUAUUCCCAUAACCAUGUGCACGAGCGCAAUGGUUAGUAUCAGAGCAGCGGCAAAAGAGAGCUCCUAUAUCAGGUAGCCGAGGGAUAGCAACGAUGACGCAACUUAGGGGCCUGGAUGAUAUGAAUGGUUGAUUAAGCUGCGGAUUCGCUUGCUUGCUGCAUACAUAUGACAUGAUAUGAGGCACAUGCAAGGUAUAUAUACCAGAACUAUAAAUACAGACAUGGUAAAGACA